UGUCAAGGUUCGUCAGUCGUAGUCAAGUCAGGGGAAUUUAAAAUUACUUCUAUUUUAGGCAAUUGAUAGAAUCCAUUCCUUUUCCUAUCAACAACAUCGUCAGACACUACUUCAGUUGAUUGUACCCAUUCUAUAAACCAAUAUUAACUCCUUAUUAAAAUAGAUAUUAUUUAUGGAGGUACAGAAUUUUGAGUUGGAAUUUAGAAGGGAACAAAUGUUGAAAUACUCCAAGCAUUGGGUACCCGGCGGAAGAAAAAAAAGGAGAUUCAUCAAAGAAUUUUUCUAGUUUCUACAAUUACUUGAUGCCAUGAAAGAAUGUGGUGAUGUAUACCUACAUGUGUUAUAAAGUUAACGUUAUACAUUUGUAUAGAGGCUGAGACAAAGUAAUGCUGCGUGUAAUAAAAUAAAAUUAAAAGAAAUAUUUUUUUGUAACUUUCGAAGUUUGUACACGUAAUAAUUCUUGAUUUAUAUGAUUUAAAGAAAUGCAUUUUAUGGUCAUGGUUAAUUCACUAAUCAACGAUGUACUUCGCAUAAUUUAAAAGAUGUCAUUUCUUACAAAAUUCGGCUCUUAACACCCUACCAACCGAAGAUAAUAAUGACACUCGAAUUUUCAAUGCCGUACUAGUCAAGAAGUAUUUGAGCACCCAUAUUGCCUGGGCAAUAUAUGCGUAUCGAAGAGUUGGUAUUAAAUCUGUCAUAUGUAAUAUCUGUCAAGUUAUAAUAUUGGAUAGAAUCACGUGUUUGUAUCACUGGGAUUCUCGGGGACUGAGCGGGGGUAAUGGACCAUCUGUAGCUGUCACCUGUCAUGACCGUUCGUCUAAAAGAGGUUAGGAAUUGAGGAUGACAAUACCGGUUAGAUUUAACAAUCAAAUGGUUGAGUAAUUGUGAAGAUAUAAAAAGUGUAUAUUAUGAUUUUGUGGAAUUACAUUCGGAUUUCGCUAAAUUAGCGGUAACUGUUAAAACUAGGGGAGAAGAAAGCACAGCCUUUUUUAAGUGCGUGUCAUUCAUUAGAUCAUCAUAGAAACAUGACACCUGCAGUAGAUAAACAUGUUGGAUCGGAGUUCGCAGGUUUCACGUUUUUUGCUCGAAGCCAUCCAGGAGAACUUUGUGGAAGUAAUGGAUUACCUCUUACUCCGAACUCGAUAACAAUAUAUGGUCGUGGACAAUACCUUAAAACCAUCAGUCAUCCUAAUUUAUGUUCCUAUUUGGAUAUUAUUAGAGGGAAGCACGAGCGAACUAUGGUGGUGUCGCAGUAUCAUAUGGAGUCUGUGGCAACGAAACAAUUACAACUUAAGGACCUGUCCAAAUUUGCAUUUCAAACAGUAAAAGCUUUGUGUCACCUGAAUGAACAUAAUAUUGUUCAUCACAAUCUGAGUCCUGAAAACAUGCUUUUGAAUGAUGAUGGGAAUCUUCAAUUAUUUAAUUAUGGAUUAUAUUAUAUGACAGAUGGUGGUGCAAAUGUUUCAUUUCCUAUUGGUCAUCCAAAAUAUACAGCUUCUGAGGUUUACCUUGGUGGUCGAAAUCGUAGAUCUGGCCCCAAAGUUGAUGUAUGGUCUCUUGGAAUGAUAUUAGCUGAAUUAGCUCUUCAGAAAGAAUUUUGGGCUGACUUAAAGUUACCCCAGAUAAUGAGAAAAGUUUUAAGUCUUCUACAUUGUAAUGGGAAAGUGUUUGAACGUCUUGCCAGAGAACAUUCAUGUUUGGAGGCAUAUCAGGAUCUCCCAUCAGAUUUGAGAGAUUUCAUCAGUUUAUGUCUGAAUAUCAACAUUCAUCAUCGCCCUACUCCUCAUCAGCUGCAGGACCACACAUUUGUAUUAGCUGGUCAAGAAGAGAAUGUUACAGAGAUUAGACAGAAAGCUGUUACAAAUAAACACCCUCUCCUUGAAAGGCAAUUGAAGGAAUUGUAUCAUCUCUGGCAUUUAGCUGGUGGAGAUGUGCAAACAGAACUAAAAAAGCAGGGAUUGAUUAGAACAAAGGCUCCAAUUCUUACUCUACCAGAUUUGCAGAAGUACUGGUGAAAAGCAGCUUUCCACGAGUUUGUACUCUACAUCGUGGAAUCCAAGUCUUACGAUCAGCAAAUAUACUAGUAGUGCCUGGAGCUAUGUGACGAAGGCAUUAUUCUGGUGCUUCCUGUGAAAGUAGCGAUUCAUUUUGAAGUGACACAGGCAAGUCACCAGUUGAGAUCAACUGAAGUUUAUAAAAACUAACUGUAUACCCUGCAUCCUUCUCUGCCAAAUAGCAGUGAACUGUAAACAAAAGUCAGUCCUUUUGUAUUUUGAAACUUUUGAAUGGAUCUUUUAAACAAACAGAACUAUUUUAGUACAAAAAAAAAAGCCAGGGAAUAGAAAAUGACAUUGAAUCAUUUUAACAUAAUUGUUCUGAGUAAAAUUUAGAUGUUUAACACAUUAAUGUUCUACUAAAAAAAUUUAAAUUUACUCAUGUGUAACAUCAAAUGAUUUGUUGUUUCACCUGCUUUACUAGUAUUGCAUUGCAUAGUUUUGCAUCAUGUAAUUGAUGCAAAACAAAACCUUUAACUAAUGUAGGAUUUUUAGCACCAAUUUUCUGCAGGAAUACUUUCUUUGAAUGUUCAAUAACCAUCUUUCUAUUAAAAAUGCUCUCUAUUUAUUAUGUUCCAACUUGGGUAAGAACAUUUAUUAUAUUUUUACCAUUGCUGCUUUUUAUAUACAAAUGCUUGUAAAUUUACUGCUAAGAGUGUUGAAUGUUACAAUUUUUGUUGCUUGGAAACUCUAAUGAAAUUCCAAAGGUAAGGAUUAAAGGUGUAGAAAGUGAUUAUAUUGAAAAUGAAAAGUUAUUUUAUUGUGAACCUUUAUAAUGUCAAAUGCUAAUGCAUGUAUAUACAGUUAUUCAUCAGAAAUUGAAACAAUCAUUAAACAUUCACACAUUAACUUACAACAAUAAACAAAACUCCUAUACAUUUAACAUUCAAGAACUAACUUUAAACAAUCAAUUUCCAUUAAAACCUGAUGAUGUUGAAGAAAAAGUUAAAACUUCAACUUUGAAAAGCAAGCAACUCAAAUAAAAUAUACAAUUCAAUCCAAAACAGGAGAUUGCAGUUUUGUUGGUACAAGUACACAAGUCUCUCUCAGAGAUAUAGCAUAAUUUAGAGAAACUUGCUUUGCCCUGAAGAAAAUCUGUCAUUAAGAUGAUGUGCCUUCUUUAAUAUAGAACGCUUUUGAGCUUCAUCAAAACGAUUGACCUGGAGAUCUACUUCCCUACUGAAGGGGCGUCUUUCCUGAACUUCUCCAUCUUUUUCAGCUUUCUUUCGCUUAGCCAACAGUUUCUCUUCAUGCAGCUCCAUGAGAGAGCGGCUCCCACGUUUGCUGCUAUGUUCAUCAGCAAGCUGCUGCAUUGCUUUGUCACGUUCCAUUACUGCCAGGUGUUCUAAUGCCCCUCGAUCAGGUGAUUUUGACUUAGGAUUUUUCCUUUUUCUUUCUCGGUCUGCAGGAGUGUCUGUCCAAACCGAACGGUCUCCAGCCUCUGGGCCCUCUCUCAUUCUAAACUGUCGUGGUUUCAACCCUAAUUCUGGAGCUCGGUCUGCUGGUAAUUCCAACAUCCAACUCUCACGUUGUACUGGAGUAUCAUUUUCAGGACGUUCACCCAUAGCCAUGGAUUCACGCAACUGUUUGGCCCGAAUUUCCAAUUGAUGUUGAAUCCUACUGCUAGACAUGUGUCCUUCAGGAAGGGGUCCCAUGUCUUCAUCACUUUCAUGUGCAUCAUCUUCUUUGGCUUUUAUCUCCACCGGGAUAGUCUUGGGACGAAAUCCAGGAGGAAGUGCAGGUCCAUACAUAUCUUCAUCAUCUAUUUUCUCUUGAGUUGCCUCUUCAUUGAGUUUCAAAUGAUCAGGAAAUGAAGGGCCUAUUAUGGGCUUGGUAUUGCUUUCUUCUUCCACAACAGUAGGCAACUCUUCUAAAAAUUUAGAUUGUAAAUGAGCUGGCAGAGAGGGUCCUAUCAUAGGUGUCUCAUCAUUUUUAUUGCUGACUUCACCAGAAGAGGAAUGUUUCUCACGCCUCGGUUCUAAGAAUGGGGGGAGUCUUGGACCAAUUACACAAACAUUUCUGGAACUAGACAGUGUAUCAUCUUCGCUGUCAGGGCUUCUCAGAUGAGGAGGCAAAACAGGCCCUAUAGCAUCAGUUUGUUCUUCAUCAGAGGAGCCUGAAUUUUCUGAUUUCCUGGAGAGUUUAGUUCGAAGUUUUAGUGGAAGUGAUGGUCCAAUUGUUCCUUCCUUGGAAAUAAUUUUUUCUUGUAAAGAUAAACCAGUACCACUUUUGGUAAAUUGUUCAUCUAUCAUUCGACCUCUUAGAUUAAGUGGCAACUGAGGACCAAUUAAAUCAGUGCUAUCUUUUGAUUCUGAAUGUUGUUUUUUAAGAAUUUGUGAUGAGUCUCUAUUAUGGUCUUCCUUAUUUUGAGUUACUGCUAGUAAGUGAGGAGGCAAAGAAGGUCCCUCUAAAUCAUCAUUCUGAGAGAUAUCAGUCAUUUUUUUAUUAUUUUUAACAUUAUCAGAAUCUUCACUGCCAGAUAAACUCUUAACCAAGUGGGGAGGUAAAGCAGGGCCAAUAAAGUUGGACAUCUUUCUCAAAUAAACAUUACAAUUAUAACCUCUACACACAACAGAUGAUCAUUUUGCUUUUUCCAUGAUGAAGUGUUCCUUUAUUUGUCAGAAAUGAAGUCAACGUAGGGAAACGAUAGUCACUUGUCAGUAUUUUAUGGUCUGCUAUUGGAGAG